ACAGCACAAGCAGGCUGCGAGCGGUAGAAGAAGCUCCGGAUGGUUUCUCUCGGAAAUCAGGGAAGACCUGAAUAGAAUCAAGUGGAUAACGGCUAGGUGAUUCAGAAGUGAGCAUCAUAGACGGCCGAUCGCAGCCAGCCCACAUCGAGCUGCGCGGUAGAGGGGAGCGACCGCCAGCAGUCAGCAAAUAUAUCAGUGCCUCGGUGACUGUGCGCGCGCGCGUGUGUGGUGUGUGUGUGUGUGUGUGUGUGUGUGACAAAUCACACGACAUCAUGUUGUCAUUGCGAACGAUUACGUCCCUCGCGGCGUUGAUAAUACUCGCUAUCCUAGCUGUCACAUCGUCAGUUAUGGCUGGCCUACAAUGCUACGAGUGCCAUAACCAGCGUAGCAAUGAAGCCUGCUGGCAGACCAUAGUCAACUGUUCUGAAAAAGAGGAGAUUGACAAGCAAGCAUACGACACUUGCUUUUCUAAAACAGUUCAAACCAAGACAGGGCCCGCAAUUACAAAAGGUUGUGCACUUCGGCCGUGCGUCAUGGAUUCUGCCCAAAGUCUCGCACUGGGUUGCAACAAUUGCAUGGAGUGCUGUCAGGAGGACCUUUGCAAUCAAAAAGGAGGCGCGCCAGAUUCGCGCUCAUCCUUCGUACUUAUGUGGAGUAUCGUUACCUGUGGAGCGAUCCUGAUGCAUUUCUAUUGAAGGCUCGGAAGGAAAGAGAACCCCGGUGGUUACAAAAAGAAUGCGCAGCGGUAGUUAAAAGCAGGAAAACUACCGCAGCACUACCAGGCAGAAGCAAACACCUGCGUCAAACUCCAAGUCGGGGUAGUGUCCUCAUCGGGGUAUAUUGUACCCCUGCUACGUCCAGGUGCAUGACCUCCGCCGAUUCUGUCAUCCGCUAGCAUUUUAGUUCUUUGGCGUCAUUCACGUUUUACUUAUAUGCAGCCAUAAUAUCCAUGCUAGUUUAUAAUAGCUUAGUCAGGACCUUUAUCAUCUAUGGUUAUUGCUCAUGUGUUUGGCGCGCGACAGUUUUGCGUACUGCGAUGAAUUUGCAAACAUUGCUUCCCAUAAAUAAUCAAUGCAUAUAUGCCUUCGCGUCGUAAUGUGUCACGUGGUCGUACGAAAAGCUGUUUACUGGCUGUGGAGCAUAUGCUGCACCAAUGAUGUAACCAUCUCCGCUUGGCAAUUGCGAAUGAGUGUCUGGUUUUUCUGCCAUACAUACUCCCUACUUUCAUUACAAUUGUCUCCUUUAUAUCUGUAAUUUCUCUGUGAGCAGUUAUAACAGAAUCUUGAUCGAGGUGUUGUAAUUAUUAAUAAGCAAAAGUAGUGAAUAGUGAAAAAUCGCAAACUAUUGUAUCAGACGCUUUAAAUUUAUAUCACGUUAUUUUUGUUACACGACAAUUCAUUUCGAAAUAGGCUCAGUUGUUUUGAUUAACAGAGACGAUUCAGAGACGUCAUGAAGGUACUGUACGUCAAUUUUCCUAUAAAUUUAAUUCACACAGUCAAGAUUCAGACCACAAAUCUGAUUCUCAUAGUAUACGUAUGUUAUUUAAUUUUCGUUUUUAUAUUUGGUAUGUGUAAUAUGUAUGAACACAAUAUUAAUACAUAUGAUAUCUGAAAGUAACAUAGAUUAGAACGAAAACGUCUUCAUAAAUAUGUUGUGCUCUAUGUCCUAGCAAAUAUUUGAAUUAUAUAUAUAUAUAUAUUAUUAUAUAUAUAUAGAUAGAUAGAUAUUAAUAUUGAGAGAGAUGUGGUGUGUAAAAUAUAUACAGUCUGCUUAUAAGCUAGCUAUCCAUACAUGCACGAACGCAUUCACGCACACACGCUCAUGACAAUACAUAACAUACCAUUCAAACAUCCAAACAUUUUGACGAUUGGAACCACAAAGGCACGCACGGACGCACGUACGAACGCACGCACGCACGCAUGCACGCACGCACGCACGCACAUCUAUGUUCGCACAUGCCAUACACACAACGUAUACACGCACAAAAUGUAAUACACCAAUGUAUAGACAGUAAGCUAUUAUCGUGUACGUUUUUUAUAUUUCAAGACAUUGGUAAUUUUCAGUACAUUUUGUUGUCGCGCGCUUAAAAACCAUCAAUAAUAUGCUGAUGUUUCUAAGAUGUUUUGAUACACGUAUCAGCUAAACCGAAUUUCAAUAAAUCGUUAUAAGACAA